AUGAAGCCGGAUAAAGUUACCUUUUCGGAGCGUCAGCGGUUGAGAAAAGCAGGCGAGCUCGAAGAGGAAGACGCGAAGCCGAUCUUUGGAAAUCGAAUGAAAUCCAAGGUGACGUUUUCAGAGCGGCAACGACAAAAGCUGAGACGGAAAAAGACGCUGGACGAGAUGGAAACCCUAGAGUGCGUGGAUGGAGAAUUCGGAUUCAGCUGGUCGGAAUACGCGUCGGAUUCGUCGUCCGAGGCGCCGACGCCGGCAGGUGGUUUGGAGAAGGUCGAGUUUGGCGAAGAGUUGCGAGAGGAAACUGGCGAGGCUGGCGAAGGGACGGUGGUGGGAACGGCGUGGAAGGAGAAUCGUGGCUUCCGAGUGCAGAUUCGCCUCGGGGGAGCGGCGAAGAAGCUUGUCAGCGGAGCCAUUGCUGGAGGAGUGUCACGCACAGUGGUGGCGCCGUUGGAGACGAUUCGCACGCAUCUGAUGGUGGGGAGCUCGGGGCACCGCACGAUCGUGGGCGUGUUCCGCUGGAUCAUGCAGAAGGAGGGGUGGCGCGGGCUGUUCCGCGGCAACGCCAUCAACGUCAUCCGCGUGGCUCCCGGCAAGGCCGUGGAGCUAUUCACGUACGACACGGUCAAGAAGCUGCUCACCCCGCCGGACGGUGGCAAGCCCAUCAUUCCCAUCCCGCCCUCCUCCAUCGCCGGAUCGGCUGCUGGCGUGGCCGCCUGCUGCCUCAUGUACCCUCUCGAGCUCGUCAAGACGCGGCUGACCAUUCAGCCGGGCGAGUACCGUUCCAUCCUGCAUGCAUUCUACCGAAUCAUCACAGAGGAGGGCGCUCACGAGCUAUACAGGGGACUGGGCCCCAGCCUGAUAGGCAUUGUGCCGUAUGCCGGCUCCAACUACUUUGCAUACGACACGCUGCGCACGCUCUACAAGAGGCUUGCAAAGAAGGAUAAGAUCGAGCCGCUGGCGACGCUCAUCAUUGGGUCGCUUGCUGGUGCUGCUGCUGCCUCAGCCACGUUCCCCUUGGAAGUCGCCCGCAAACAGGUGUGUGGGGGGGGGGGGGGGAGGGGGGAGUUGGGUGGGGGGAAAGAGGUAGGGAGGUGUGCUCGCUGGGUGGUUUGGGGUGUGGGUGAUGCUGUUGGGUGUGGUUGA